AUGGCCGCACAGAUCCAGUCUCAGCCCCAGCUCCCUCUGAAUGUGGUUCAGGGGGAUCUGAACACCUUGAGCUCUGCAGUGAGAGACUUUGUUGAACAAAAUGCAAAGCUGUGUCAGCCGGACAGUAUUCACAUCUGUGAUGGCAGUGAGGAAGAAAACAGGCAGAUUUUGUCCCUGAUGGAAGAGCAAGGGAUGAUCAAACGCUUGCACAAGUAUCAAAACUGCUGGUUGGCUCGCACGGAUCCCAGGGAUGUUGCUCGUGUGGAGAGUAAAACCGUGAUUGUGACCCCUGAGCAGAGAGACACCAUUCCCAUAGCAAAGAGUGGAGUCAGCCAGCUUGGGUGCUGGCUGUCAGAAAAGGAGUUUGAAAAGGCAUUCAAUGCUCGAUUCCCAGAAUGUAUGAAAGGCCAUACAAUGUACCUGAUUCCAUUCAGCAUGGGACCUGUGGGGUCACCUCUGUCUAAGAUCGGGAUCCAGCUGACAGAUUCACCUUAUGUCGUGGCCAGCAUGAGGAUCAUGACUCGCAUGGGAUCAACUGUACUGGAGACCCUGGGCAAUGGCCAGUUUGUCAAAUGCCUUCAUUCAGUCGGAUGCCCUUUACCACUAAAGAGGCCACUGGUCAAUAACUGGGCCUGCAACCCUGAGCUGACACUGGUUGCCCACAUACCUCAGAGCAGAGAGAUUAUUUCAUUCGGGAGCGGUUAUGGAGGUAACUCACUGCUGGGGAAGAAGUGCUUCGCUCUGCGCAUUGCCUCCAGGAUUGCUGAAGAAGAGGGAUGGCUGGCUGAACACAUGCUGAUCCUGGGAGUAACCAAUCCCAAAGGCCAGAAGAAGUACAUUGCUGCUGCCUUCCCCAGUGCUUGUGGGAAAACAAACAUGGCCAUGAUGAAUCCGACAUUACCUGGCUGGAAGGUUGAGUGCGUGGGAGAUGACAUCGCCUGGAUGAAAUUCAACAAGCAAGGUAACCUGAGAGCAAUCAACCCAGAAAAUGGCUUCUUUGGUGUAGCUCCUGGGACAUCUGUAAAAACAAAUCCAAAUGCAAUGAAAACUAUUUGCAAGAACACUAUUUUCACCAAUGUAGCAGAGACCAGCGAUGGGGGAGUUCACUGGGAAGGGAUCGAUGAAACUCUGUCCCCUGACAUCACAGUGACGUCAUGGAAAAACAAAAAGUGGAGUCCAGAAGAUGGAGAACCAUGUGCGCACCCCAACUCCAGGUUUUGUACUCCUGCCAGACAAUGUCCGAUCAUUGACCCAGACUGGGAGUCUCCUGAAGGGGUUCCCAUUGAAGGAAUUGUCUUCGGAGGACGGAGGCCAAAAGGAGUCCCUCUGGUUUAUGAAGCUUUCAACUGGCAGCAUGGCGUUUUCAUUGGAGCGGCCAUGAGAUCAGAGGCCACAGCUGCAGCAGAACACAAAGGUAAGGUCAUUAUGCACGACCCAUUCGCCAUGCGGCCUUUCUUCGGAUACAACUUCGGCAGGUACCUAUCGCACUGGCUCAGCAUGGAGCACAGGCCCAGCUCAAAACUUCCCAAGAUCUUCCAUGUCAACUGGUUCCUCAAAGAUAAUCAGAACAACUACCUGUGGCCAGGCUUCGGGGAGAACUGUCGGGUCCUGGAGUGGAUAUUCCGGAGAAUCGAGGGAGAGGACUGCGCCAAGCUGUCUCCUUUGGGCUUCAUUCCCACAAACAACGCCCUGAACCUCAAGGGCCUUGGCAAAGUGAACAUGGACGCACUGUUCAGCGUUGAGAGAGAAUUCUGGGAAGAGGAAAUAGAAGCGAUCCGAAAAUAUUUUGAAGAUCAGGUCAACAUUGACCUUCCCAGUGAUGUGGCCAAUCAACUGCUGCAGUUGGAACAAAGAAUUAAUCAGCUGUAA